AUGAAAGAAGCUCGUUUGUAUCCUGAAGAUAUUCCAUCAGAUUUAUGCACACAUAUUUUAUAUGCAUUCGCUAAUCUUCACGGUACAUCAUUACAACCGCAAUUAACUAAUGAUGUGAAUGUUUAUCAAGGAGAAAAGCCUCUUUAUCCUCGUAUUAUGAAAUUAAAAGAAAAAAAUCCAAAUUUGAAAAUACUUAUUUCAUGUGGAGGAUGGGGAAAAGCAGGAGAAUUCGAACCAUUAGUUGGCUCAGAAUCAUCAAGAGAAACAUUUAGUAAAAAUGUAAUCGAAUUUUGUCGUAAGCAUGGGUUUGAUGGAAUCGAUUUAGAUUGGGAAUUUCCUGGAGCUGAACAUCGUGAACGUUUCGGACUAUUGACUAAAACAAUGCACAAAAUGUUUAAAAAAGAAGCCAAAACAUCGAAAAAAGAUCGGCUAUUAAUUAGUUUAGCAGUAGCAGCUGGAAAAUAUUUAAUCACACAAGGCUACGAUGUACCCGUUCUAUGCAGUAAUGUAGAUAUGAUCAAUGUUAUGACUUAUGAUUUAUAUGGUUCAUGGCAUAAUAAAAUUGGUCAUCAUAGUGCCUUAUUUCAUCGACUUGGUGAAACAGGCAUGGAAAGAGAAUUGAAUACAAAUAAUUCAAUGUUUAAUUGGGUUGAAGCAGGCUGUCCAAGAAAUCGUCUUAAUAUAGGUAUACCAGGUUAUGGCCGAGCUUUUACAGCUGACGGACGAGAUCCAUUAAAAGCAUUUGGACAAAGUGGUGGUGGUUCUGGUUCAGUAUCAUCACCAUAUUUAGGGGAAAGUGGUUUACUUACUUAUUUUGAAAUAUGUAAAAAAGAAUUGAAGGAAGGUUUUAAACGUUAUUGGCAUCAACAACAUCAAAUCCCAAUAAGUUUCAAAGAUGGAACAUGGAUUGGAUAUGAUGAUCCUGAUAGUGUUAGAAAUAAAUGUCAAUAUGUUAAACGAGAAGGUUUUGGUGGUGCCAUGGUUUGGACAUUAGAUAUGGAUGAUUUUACUGGACAAUUUUGUCGAAAAAGUAAACAAAGUUCAUUGAACAAAUUUCCAUUAAUAAGUGCAAUAAAAGAAGAAUUCGAACUCGAUGAGUUAACGACAACAAGUUCAACACAUUCAAUCGAAAUAACAACAAUCUCAUUAUCGAAUCAAACUAAUCUUUCAGAUGAAAUGUUUUCUAAUGCAUCUCUAUCAUCAUCAUCAUCAUCAUCGAAAUUUAAACUAUACUAUUUCUUUUUAUUCAAUUUACUUACCAGUAGCUGUUUGAUAGGAUCGACCAUCCACAUCGUAGCGUAA